CGGUUCCCGUCCUUCUGACAUAUUGCUACCUUACAGUAGGUUUUGUACAUUCGGGUUGCCCAUAAGCAAGAUGGAGGACAAGGACGAGAAGAGCGAUAGCCUUCCUAACAACGGAGAUGGUCAUGUUUCUUCAGAUACUAUGAUCGAACAUGUAUCUGGACCCACAUUUCUUCCUCCGACAGAGGAACCAGUUUGCGAAAUGAAGCGUAAAAUUGAUGUACUGUUAAAGGCUGUUGGAGACACACCCAUCAUGAAAAACAAAAAGUGGACUAUAGAAAGGACUCGCACAAUUCAAGGUCUUAUGGACUUCAUUAAAAAAUACCUGAAGAUAGAUACAGCUGAACAAUUGUUUAUCUAUGUGAAUCAGUCAUUUGCACCAUCUCCUGACCAAGAAGUAGGAAUUUUGUAUGAGUGUUUUGGAAGUGAUGGAAAACUGGUUUUACAUUACUGUAAAUCACAAGCUUGGGGAUGAAGAUGAAACUGCUGCAGCUGUGUGUUGUUGGAACAGCCAUUUAUAAGAAGAAUAUCCUAAACUUCGGUCGUUGUUAUGGUCUUCCUCUCACUUCACAGUAGGAUCUACUGUGAAGUUGUACACAAACUCCUCUAGGAAAUGUCUUGAAUUUAUGUAUUUUAAACAAAGGGCCAUCCCAAAGAAUCACACAGUGUGACAUUAACAAAUACACUGUUUAAUUAUGAGCUCUGUACAUCACAACCAGUGACAUUUCUCUGUUGAUCAGUGAUAUACCUUGGAAUAGAGUAAUCCUGAAUUGUUCUUUUGUUAAUUCUAGAAUCUUAAAAAAAUCGACUAGGUUUUACCAAUUUUCAUUAAAGUAAAAGA